GAAGAAAAAUACCGGAAGUAAUUACAGGAAGUACUUCUGUGUCACGUGUAGCCACCAUCAGACUAGUGUUGGAUAUUUGACCAACGCGGCAACUUUUAGGCCUUUAAAAUACUAACAUCUUAGUAGAAAUCCAUGUCAGAAUGUAAAACAAUGAGCUAGAGCGUUUUUUCUUCUUCAAAUAAUAGACUUAGCUGCAUGAAUAUUUGCUGACAGGGACAAGCGGUAUAAAAUGGAUGGAUGGAUGGUGCUGGCCAGUUAGACGUGAUGUUAGUCCACAGGAUGAGAAACAUGCGGCCAUUCAAGAGUUUAGCAGCCAGACUUGUCACAUCCAGACAAGGACUCUGCUCGCCAUUCAAGAGUAGACAAGGACUCUGCUCGCCAGCGACCAAUCAGCAGUCGGACGAGGUGAGGACUUUGCUGCAAGUCUUCGUGGACACACACUUUAUUUCACCCGGUGAGACCAACGUGGGACUAUUCGGGCGUGGGCUGAGCUGCAGCUACGGGCCGCUGGGCAUGGAGCUCCGCAGGAAUGUGCUGCAUGAGUGGUGGUCCUCCGUGACGGGCUCCCGGGCUCAGGUGUUCGGCAUCAACACCCCGAGCAGCACCUGUGGACACCUGGACAUGACACACCUGGACAGGACACCAUGUGAUCACAUGCUCAGGAACAACUUACUUCACGGUGCUCUGGAACAGUUUGUCCCCUCCUUUGAGCUGGUGAACAAGAAUCUCCCCUUUGGCCUCGCUGAGACUGGUCGCUGUUUCCACUCCUCAAAAGAUGAUGGCUCUGCUGAAGUCACCUUGGCAUCUCUUGUCUGGUUCUGCUCGCCUCGCACGUCCUCUCAAUGGUUGGACCACUGGGCUGGACAGAGGCUGAAAUGGUGGAGAAAAUUUGCCCUGGCUCCGUGCGACUUCAGCAGCAGUGACGUCCCGCAGGAGGAACUGGAAGGGCCUGCAUCCCGAGGCGUGAAGAUCUUCUACAAGUUCCCGUGGGGCCAGGAGCCCCUGGAGGUGCUGUGGAGCCGAGGAGACGGCGAGCUGAUGGAUGCUCACACAGGCGUGCGCUCCAAACUCCUGAGUCCAAACGGGCGCAAAUCCAUUCCUCACGUGGUUUCUAUAACGGGGAAGGUGGAGCGUGGUUUGCUGGCCUUUCUGUGCAACUCCCUGCACUUGCACAAGAGAGAAGAUGCCAGGCAAAGAAAGAUGCUGAAGUUGCAUCCACUGUUGGCGCCAAUCAAAGUGGCAUUGGGUAUUGGCAGAGGAGCCACCAUGGAGCUGAGGCAGGUGUGUGAAGGCCUGCUGCAGGAGUUGAAGGAAGCAAAGAUCUCAGUGUGGCCAGGACAUCUUGAAGCAACAUCCACACCACUGGAGCAGCUCCACUCCAAGUAUGACGAGAUGGGCGUGCUUUUUAGCGCCGUCAUCAGCGACAAGACGCUGGAGAGCGGCCUCCUGCUGGUGCGCAGCAGAGACACGGCCAUCAAGGAGACCAUGCACAUCUCCCACCUGAAGAACUUCCUCUGCAGAUACAUCUCUGCUGCAGACAACAUGUAAAUACA